AUGGAGUUCGUCAACUCGUUCGCUUGCAAGUGCAUCAGUGGCUUCAGUGGAACUCUCUGCCAGACCAAUGAUGACGACUGCACUGACAGUUCCUGUCUGUUCGGCGGCACUUGCGUAGACCAGGUGAACGGCUUCAAAUGUGUCUGUGCUCCCGGCUACACAGGAUCCAACUGCCAACACAGGCUGGACUCGUGCCAGCAACAUCCGGAUCUCUGCUUGAAUUCAGGAGUGUGCGUUUCAGUGUUGGACAUCAACUCAAACGAGGACCGCACCCUCAACCAAGUCGUCAAAUCAUUUGCCAAGUGUUACUGCUCAAAAGGAUUUACGGGCCCUCGAUGCGAGGAGGUUGUUGAUUGGUGCGCCCGGGCGCCAUGCUGGAAUGGGGCCACCUGCCUGUCGUUCGUCAAUCAGUUCGAGUGCAAGUGUCGAAGUGGCUUCAGUGGCGCUCUCUGUGACGUCAGGAUGGUGUCGUGUCACGCGGCUGCAACUGCUAAAAAGACAACAGUAGAAGAGUUAUGUCAAAACGGCGGAACGUGUUCAGACGUCGGCAACACGCACCACUGUGCCUGUAGACCCGGGUUUGAAGGCAGCUACUGCCAGAUUGAAACAGAUGAAUGUCUGUCAAUGCCCUGCAGGAAUGGAGCAACUUGUCUCGACAGAGUGCGCGCGUACGAGUGCUUGUGUCCUGCAGGCUUUCAGGGCACUCAGUGCGAAAUGAACAUUGAUGACUGCGAGAACAAUCCUUGUCAAAACUUCGGUACCUGCCACGACAUGGUGAACACCUUCCACUGUUCCUGCCCCCACGGUACGGAGGGCCUCCUUUGCGAGAUCAACGUGAAUGACUGCCACAAAGACACCUGCCUGAACGGCGGCUCAUGUAGAGACAAAGUAGGCGGGUUCGAAUGCAUAUGCCCGCCGGGAUUCAGUGGGCCGAGGUGUGAAGGAGAUUUGAACGAGUGUACCUCCAACCCUUGCUCUCUUCACGGUUCAUUUGAUUGCGUCCAGCUGCCAGGAGAUUACAAGUGUUUGUGUAGGAUAGGUUGGAGUGGCAAGCAGUGCGAGAGGAGAGUUUCAAUUUGCUCGCUGCCGAAGAUUGCGCACAUGUGUGAGAAUGGAGGAACGUGCGUGGAGAGCUUCAACAACUCCUACUACUGCAUGUGUCAGAAGGGUUUCUCUGGCGACAGAUGUCAGUACAAGCACACACAGUGCAACACGAAUCCGUGUCUGAACGGUGGAACGUGCCAAUCAAACAAGCAAGCCUUCCAGUGCGAAUGUCCAAUCGGAAUAGGCGGGGAGAGAUGCCAGUACGAUGUGGUCAAUGAAUGUUUCUCCAACCCCUGCCAGCAUGGAGGCACCUGCCAGGAUAGGCUGUCCCACUACACGUGUGUCUGCGCGCAGUUCUGGAACGGACUCAAUUGCGAGGUGUUUGAUAGCGACUUCAAGGGCGGUGUGGGGUACAUGGAGGAUGUUGUGAUGGCCUCUUCUAAGCAAAUCCAACACCCGGACUGUGCAAUCAACAACUGCUCGGCUAAAGCUGGCAAUGGAAUUUGUGAUAAGGAAUGUGACUACGCGGAAUGCAACUACGACGGUUACGACUGCAGCUACAAGAGCCACAUCUACCACUCGUGCAGUGCCGUACGAAGCCACGUCGUAGAUUGCAACAAAUUGUUUCAGAACGGCGUGUGUGACGAAGCGUGCAUGGAUGAAUCUUGCUUGUACGAUGGAAUGGACUGCCUGCCUGAGCCGAAGAGAACGUGCGAUCUACUUUACGAAUCUUACUGCUCCAAUCAUUACGCUGAUGGAUUUUGCGACCAGGGUAAAAAAACAAAUAAUUUUCUUUUAAUAAAAUAUAAAAAUGAAGUAAAAUACUAUUCAAAUGAAAAAAUUUAA